AUGGCUGCCAACGACCUCCGGGGCUGGGUCAUGAGCGGCGUCUCAGGCGUCGCCUGUGUACUCGGUUCGGCCGUCAUUUGCGUCGAUCUAGUGCUGCGGCAGUUCUCCCACAAUAAGAGCUUCCAGAUCGCGAACAGCAACAACUUCCUGUCGGCGUCGCUAUGCCUGAGUGCGGGGGUAAUGCUCUUUACCUCUCUUUAUAGCAUGCUCCCCACCUCGAAAGAGUACCUGACGCGUGCCGGCUUCUCUCCCUCCGCCUCUGCGUAUAUACUAGUCAGUCUCUUUCUGGCCGGUGUCGUUGUCAUCCGACUUGCAUCGGGGUUUAUCCACCGCUUUAUCCCAUCUCAUGUGGUCGAUUGCGCGCACAGUCAUGCCUCCCCGGAAGAAGAUCCCGAACGCGGCGACGGCCAUGCGGGCGGACAUGAAGAUCACCAUCACCACCACGAGGCAAAUGGACACACGGAACAUACGCCUCUGUUACGGCCACAAAGGUCACAAAGCUUCAAGUCGACUCCCGCCGUGUUGCAGCGCACAACAUCCGGCUCCAAUACCGUGAAACAGGAAUCUCUACGCGACAUACUGGGCCGGCGGAUUAGCUCCCUCAUGGGCGGUGUCAAACCGCUGUGCGAUGAAAAUGGUCCUUGCUUUGGCUUCUCGCAGACAUGCGGCCGUGAAUGUACAAAAGUCCUUGCGGCCAAGACGCCGCCGCCACCGAGCAUGAGCACGAAUGAGGUCACCCGGCCCACCCUGCCACAGCAUCAGAGCAUCACAGUACAGCCUGACCCUGAGCGUCGUAUACAGGCAGACAGUAGCAUUGAUUACUAUAGCACUACAUCUGACACCGGGUACUUCGAUGCGAUCUCCUCGCAGCAUCCUCUUCACGGCACGACGGGCUCUGCAUCCUCGUCCAAGUCUCAAUUGCAAACGCUGCGCUCGGAGAAUCAUCAUCAAUCAGACACAAACCAUGACGCCCAUGCCGACCCUGAUGACAAUCAUGACUCGGAAUCAUCUCCAAACAAGGCUGGUGGCGAUACUCACCACCAUCAUGUCCCACAGAACGCCUUCCUCUCCAUCGGUCUACAAACCUCAGUCGCAAUUGCCUUACACAAACUCCCAGAAGGCUUCAUCACAUACGCAACCAACCACGCAAGCCCUACCCUUGGCUUAACUGUAUUCCUAGCCCUCUUCAUCCACAACAUCGUCGAGGGCUUCGCCAUGGCUCUCCCCCUUUACCUAGCCCUCAAUUCCCGCUGGAAAGCCAUGUUCUGGUCCAGCCUCCUAGGCGGAAUCAGCCAGCCCGCCGGCGCCGGCCUCGCGGCCUUAUGGAUCUGGGGCUCCGGACACACCGGCUCUGACUCAAGAGGCCCAUCAUGGGGUGUCUACGGAGGCAUGUUUGCCGCGACAGCCGGAGUCAUGACGUCCGUUGCUCUGCAGCUGUUCAGCGAGGGACUCGGUCUGACCCACCGUCGCGGCAUGGGCAUUGGCUUCGCUGUGGCUGGGAUGGGACUUAUGGGGCUGAGCUUUGCCUUGACGGCGUGA